AUGCCUGAGGCACCAAAUUCGAUAUCGCAGCAGCUCGACCAGCCGGCGAUUGUCGACAUCCGGCAGCUACUGCAGCGGCUGUGGCCAGAUCCGGAGAAGAGCAGGGUCACUGCCACCGAGAUUGCAGACGCCCUCGCCCUCAUCUUCACCAACCAGCUCAGCCCUGUCCAGACCGGCUCUCUCCUCACAGCCCUCCACUUCACCGGCUGGGACCGCCGCGCCGAUGUCCUCGCCCAGGCCUCGGCCGCCAUGCGCGCGCACUCGGCGCCGAUAGACAUUCCCGCCGUCCAGCAGGUCAUCAGCAGCAAGGCAAGACCAGAAGGGCUCUACAAUGGCGGUCUCGUCGACAUAGUAGGCACCGGCGGCGACUCGCACAACACCUUCAACAUCUCGACGACUUCUUCGAUCCUGGCCUCGUCGCUGCUCCUGCUCGCCAAGCACGGCAACCGCGCGUCGACGUCCAAAUCGGGCUCCGCCGACCUGCUGAUGAGCAUGGAGCCACACCCGGCGCAGCUCUCGCGCAUCAACCCGCGCACAAUCUCGGCCGUGUACGCGGCGUCCAACUACGCGUUCCUCUUCGCCCCCGUGUUCCACCCGGGCAUGCGGUUCGUCGCCCCGAUCCGCAAGGAGCUCGGCUGGCGCACAAUCUUCAACCUCCUGGGCCCGCUGAGCAACCCGAUCCACGACGCCAUCGAGGCGCGCAUGCUGGGCGUCGCCCGCGACGACCUGGGCCCCGUCUUCGCCGAGGCGCUCCGCCUCCUGGGCAACACAAAGGGCCUCAUCGUGUGCGGGAGGGAGCAGCUCGACGAGAUCUCGUGCGCGGGGGAGACCCUGUGCUGGCAGCUCGUGCCCCGGGCCGACGGGGUCGUCGAGGUCGAGCACUUCCUCCUGUCCCCGGCCGACUUUGGCCUGUCGGCGCACCCCCUCAGCACGGUAUCCCCCGGCAAGGAGCCCCACGAGAACGCAAAGAUCCUCGAGAAGAUCCUCAGGGGCGAGCUGCCGGACGACGACCCGAUCCUCGAGUUCGUCCUGAUGAACACGGCGGCCCUGUUCGUGGUGGCGGGAGUCUGCGAGGCCGACUCGAGUAGCAUGGGUCCCGGGGACGACGGGCAGGUCAUCAAGGAGAGAGGUCCUGGAAACGGCCGGUGGAAGGAAGGUGUGCGCAGGGCGCGCUGGGCCAUCAAGUCUGGCGAGGCGUGGAGGCAGUGGAGCGCGUUCGCAAAGGUGACGAAUGAGUUGUCACCAUGA